AUGUUCACCGCCCCGACGCAGACCAAGCAGCGGAUCAACUCGGAGUCCAUGUUGAAUCUCAGCAACCUGGCGCUCUCCACCCUCCGAAUGGGUGACGCUCAGACGGAGAGCGAGGGCGAGGACGACCAGCCGACGCUGAAGCGUCUCGAGGCCGACAUCAUGGACUCGUCCGACAAGCAGAAGAGCGGCCACGUCGGCGAUCUCUUCUCCGAGAUCCACCUCAACGAGCUGCGCAAGCUGGAGAAGCAGAUUGAGCAGGCGGACGCCGAGAAGGGCCAGCUUACGCGCAGUCUGCGCGACAGCCAGGAAAGCCUGGAGCGGGCGCGCGCCGAGCUGGAGUCGCAGCGGGCGCAGGCCGCCCAGCUGGUGGCGCACGUGGAGGCGCUGAUGGCCCUGCACGAGGAGGAGGAGGGCGACAGCCUGCCGCCGACGGUCGGCGCCGCCGCUCAGUCGCCGGAGCUGGCCAAGGUCGAGCAGGUGCUGGACAAGCACCGGCAGCGGCACCAGCUGGCCAUGCUGGAGAUCAGCCGGCUGCAGACAGACAUCCAGCACAUGCAGGCCUCCGAGACCAACUCGUCAGAGGCCGUCGUCAACCUGCGCAACGAGGUGACGUCGCUGCGCAGCCGCCUCUCCGAGUCGGAGGUGCACGUGGGCGACCUGCAGUCGGACUUGUCGGUGCUCAGCCAGCUGACGGCGCUGACGCAGGGCACGCUGUCCAGCACGCAGGAGGACAUGCUGGGCGUCAGCGAGGAGCUGGCCCAGCUGUACCACCAGGUCUGCCUGGCGCACGGCCAGACGCCCCAUCGCGUCAUGCUCGAGCACAUGCAGAACGUCAAAACUCUGGGCGAGGGCAGUCCCAGCCGCGAAGGGUCACCCAACAGCUCGUUCGCGCCCACCAAGUUCGAGCAGCUGAUGAGCUCGCUGAAGCUGGCCAAACCGCUGAAGGAGGGCGAGGCGGCCGACCCGACCCUGGUCGCCAAGCAGAUGGAGACGAUCACGGACCAGGUCAAGUACCUGCGCCGCGCCGUGGAGCACGUGAUGGACCUGAACAAGCAGUCGGCGGCCGGGCCGCGCGCCGAGACCGACGGCGAGGCCGACACCGAGCAGCUGCAGAUGGAGGAGCUGCAGGAGCAGGUGAUCAAGCUGAAGAGCCUGCUGUCCACGAAGCGGGAGCAGAUCGCCACGCUGCGCACCGUGCUCAAGGCUAACAAGCAGACGGCCGAGGUGGCGCUGGCCAACCUCAAGUCCAAGUACGUCAACGAGAAGACCAUUGUCAGCAAGACCAUGAUGAAGCUGCGCAACGAGCUGCGCCUGCUCAAGGAGGACGCGGCCACCUUCUCCAGUCUGCGCGCCAUGUUCGCCGCUCGCUGCGAGGAGUACGUCACGCAGGUGGACGAGCUGCAGCGACAGAUGGCCAGCAGCGAGGAGGAGAAGAAGACGCUCAACUCGCUGCUGCGCAUGGCCAUCCAGCAGAAGCUGACGCUCACCCAGAAGCUGGAGGACCUGGAGCUGGACCGCGAGCGGCGGCCGGCGCGCUCCUCCGCCGCGCAGGACGGCAGCUGGCGCCGGUUCGGGGCUCGGCGCGAGUCAGCGCCGCUCGUCCGGCACGCCUCGGAGGGGCCUGACGUCGCGGGGCCGCGCACCAUGGGACUGGCCUGCGGUGGCGUCGCUGGGGGCGGUCGCAGCUGGCCCCAGGCGCCGCGCUGGCAGCUCAGCACUCGCGCCACCGCCGCCAGUGCGGGCGUGCUCUGCUGUGCUGAGGCUGAAGUGGAUAUCUGGCUAGCGAAUGACCUGGCCGCCUCCAUGGUCUAG